AUGAAACCUACUGGCUUCCUCACCACAGAGCUGCGGGAAUGCAUGAAUGUGGCUUCAGAGUAUGACCACACGGCGUUCCAUGGCGCGUCCAUUAAUGAUGACGUCACGGGCGUCGCUCUACUGCCGCUGAGCAGCGACGGCGCGUUUCGUGACCGGUUUGGCUCCGUUCUGUUGGCCGCGCGCAACGGAAAUGUCCGCCCAGGUUCGAGUUUGCUGUUUUGUUGGACAGGUGGCUCGGAACAGUCUGAGGCAAAGAAGAGUCUCUUCACAGUUUGGGCGCGAAGCACGGGCUCGUCGGCAGGGGGCGCUGCGAAGGACAGGGGGCCCUUGAAGAAGGCGCACACCCCCCGGGGCCGCUUGGACCACCCUGACGAGGAGGAGCACAGGGAGGUCGUGCAAAGGUUCCCGGACGAUGUCAAUCCCGAAACAAAGGAGAAAGGGGGACCCAGGGGCCCGGAGCCAACGCGGUACGGCGACUGGGAGAGGAAGGGGCGGUGUAUUGAUUUCUAGCACCUUUAUUUGAUCACUCUAACAGUAUUGUUGAUAUGAAUGUGAAAGAGAAGAGUGUGCAGAAAAUUUGAAGGCGCAUGUAUUUCUAAGUCAAUAUCACGGGGGCAGAAAUGUGUGAGGUGCUCAUUGUAACGUGAUAUUGGUCACUUUUUACAUCACCAGGGCUCUUGCACUGCAUUGGGUGGCUUCUGUAAAUUGUGUGUUGUACUCCAGUGUGUGAACUUACACGUCCGUCUCAUACUUCCGAAAUAAAGAAAACGCUAAUAGGACUGCAGAGUCUUUUGUUUAGGAACUUAGGUUGUUAGGUCUUUAGGAACGGUUGUUAUUUCCAGUCCCAGUGCUGGAAUGAUGCAUCAUAACUGAAUAAAUACAAUGUAAUUAUUUGUUUAUGA